UAGGCUAGGAGGAAUUACACAGGGCCACGACGUUAGUCUUGUAUGGUAUAACUUUCUGUUCUCUUUUUGAAAAAGCUUUAUUUUAGUAAUUAUUUUAAUAUUGAUUAAAAGAGGGUGGACUUAAGUAUAUAUUUAGAUUUACAACAGUUUUCUUCGAAGGUAGUGUUAGGUACCCAACUACAUCGGCAAGCUAGCUAGCCGAGAAGCUGAACAACUAGCUACCCAGUCUGUUGGUGUCUCAAAACUUCAAUUUGCUGCAACACCUCAAGCAAAGAAAGCACUAUCAAGAAACGAAGACACAAAAAUGAGUGCCCCCUCUUCGCAAAAAGUCGUGCUGAAAAGCACCACCAAGGUGUCCUUGAAUGAGCGCUUCACAAACAUGCUGAAGAACAAGCAGCCGACGGCUGUCAGCAUCAGAGCCACUAUGCAGCAGCAGCACAUGGCCAGCGCGCGCAACCGACGCCUCGCGCAGCAGAUGGAGAACCGUCCGUCUGUGCAGGCCGCGCUGCAGCACAAACAGAGCCUGAAGCAGCGGCUGGGGAAGAGCAACAUUCAGGCCAGGCUGGGCCGGCCCAUCGGGUCGCUCAUGCGAGGGGGAGCCGGAGGACGGGGCUUUGUCGCCGGGGGACUGCGCGGAGCCGCGCGAGGAGGACUUAGGGGUCGCGGAGGCCGAGGGGGAACUUUGAGGGGCGCGAUGUCUCUGAGGGGUGGAGGUCAGAUGAGAGGCAGAGGAGGCGUAGGCAGGGUCGGGCUGCGCCGCGGCAUGCGUCAGCGCGGAGGGCCAGUCGGCAAAGGAGCCGUCCUCGGAGGACGAGGCGCUGGACGUGGUGGAGCAGGAGGGAGAGGACGCGGUGGCCUGAAGGGCCGCGGUGGUUUCGCCGGCAGAGGCCGUGGGCGUGGCCGAGGAAGAGGCGCUGGACGCCCCGUUGUCACACGGGAACAGCUAGACAACCAGCUAGACGCCUACAUGUCCAAAACCAAAGGCCAUCUGGACGCAGAGCUGGAUGCCUACAUGGCUCAGGCAGAUCCCGAGAGCAUGGAGUAAACGCACCAGGGCCGAGGGAGAGCGUGUGUGCAGUGUUGGAAAUCUACAGAAAGAGAGACUCAUUUAACAAACCUGACUUAUCGUACCGACUCCUGCCAGCACACACACUGACCCUGGUACUUUAGGUCCAACACAUUAAAUAUCAUGUCGUAGAGUUUUAUACAGCAGUGCACAUAGUCGAUAUUCGCUUGUCUCCACAUUGCAGUGAAGUAGCUUGUGAGAGUACAGCUGCGUGAUCACCCAUCUGCAAGUUAUACAGGAAACCCCCCUUGUGUUUUUCUUAAGUUAAACUCAGCAGAAAGACCAGUGUGGAUUGAUUUGUUGGUAUGUCUAACUCUCACCCUAGUCUGUAAACAUGGACGACAACAACAAAACAACAACCCCGCCCUCAAAAAAACAAAAAAAAAAAAUACUGAAGAGAGAAAAAAAAAAACCAAAACCUUUUUUUUUCCCAGAUGUGGACUCUUGUUUUGGUGUAUCUGAGUUAGGUAGGUAUGGUUAUACUGACCUGUGUUUGUGUUACCUGGCUUUAAUGAGGGCAGGAGUGAACUCCACAAAAGAGCCCUUGAAUGUGAAGGCUUUCACUCUGAACGGACUCUGAAGAUGACAUACUUUCAUCGCUCGUCUCUGAACGCUGAAUUUCAGGCCGGCGUCCUGGUUUUUCGGUUCAACUGGACUUUCCCAAAAAAAAAAAAAAAAAAGUGAACUCUCAGCCUGUAUUUGUCAAAAUAGCCAUUUUGUCCAGACACACUAGUUGUCACUAUUCAGUAUGUUUUAAAAAAUGUCACUUCCCUUUUAUUGUAAUUGAAUUUUUACUAUGUUUUUAGGUUAGAAUUUUACAUUGAAGGUUAUACUGUUCACUUGGUUUGGAGAAUUGUCAAAUGCGGAAUAACAGAUGAUCUUAUUGUAAGCCAUUGGUAUUGUUUUGGCUUUUGUUUUUUUGUU